UUUGAAAUUGACAAUUUACGUGCUUUUUGUGCAUCGGUAACAAAACAAGGCAUUUAUCUCUACUUCAAACUUAUUUCAGUUCUGAGUGAAUGGUCCAUAUUGGAGAGGAAUGCUUACAUUAUUUCAUGAGCCAGGCGCGGUUUGAAAACAACAGAAGUGAAAAUGGAAAUAGAUCCAGGAAUGUCGCAAGAUGGGAGGAAAAGUCAACCAGACAUGUCUCUAGGUGAUUUUGGUUUGCUGGGUUCAGGCAUGAAACUCAAGAACAAGAUGGGCUUCUACAAAGAGAGUGACGCUGACUUCAGCGAGAACUCCGCCUACUUCCCACCCUCCAGCAUGUUUACUUCACAUAAGGAUCUAUUGACGUCGCAGUCACAGUCACUUUCGCAGUUUGGCAUUUAUGGUCAGCAUGGUUUGGGUUUGCAGCAGGCGCAGUCGCAGCAGCAGCAGUCGGGGAUGCAGCGGGGUAUGCCCAACCCACAACAACAAACACAGCAGCAGCUUCCCUUCCCGAGUCGCAGCAUGUCAGGUCACCACGGUAGCAUAGGAGGACAAAUAACACCGACGCCCCCAUCACCAAGCAGGGGAAUGUUGCCCGUUGGUCCACGAGUCAGCCAGGUACAAACGAGUACAAACCAGGGGCCCAUGAGCAUCCAGAGCAGGGUAGGAACGCUAGGGUCCGGCAUGCCCAGUCCAAACAGUAGGACUUCGCCAAGUUUAGUAGCCAUGCAGCAGAAACAACAACAGCAGAGGAUGCUUGGAGGGUCAACGCAAUCAACGAUUGGAGCAUUUGGCAUGACGAGACAGCAGAGUUACGGUGGGCCGCAAAAUACGUUGUUAGGGAACUUCACUCCCCAGUCACUUGCCGCAUCGUUCAAUGCAGUAAAUGAGAGCACGCCAUCGUUGGACAUGUCCGACUUUCCGGUAUUGGCCAACAGAGGGCGACAGCAGCAGCCCACUCCUCAGCAGAUUGACAACAACAGCUUAAGUUUGUUCCCACCUAAUCCAAUGGCAGGGAGACCUGCAUACGGUAAGACCAUUGGAGUUGGAAUGGUCAACAAGCAGGCAGAUCCUGUACCUGAGUUUACAAUGCAGAGCGAGGACUUCCCGGCAUUACCUGGGUCAAACAUCAUGAACAAAUCUACAGAUCAAAACAGUACGGGGGCAGUUAAGGAGAGCCCAAGGUUUCCCGGUGACAAAGCGGCCAACAAUAACAGCAACAACGACAACCAAAUGAAGAGAGGCAUCGUCAUACACCAAGAUGGUAAGAUAACGCACAUCCCACCGGGUAUUGUGACGGAUCCCUUUGGAAUAGUGGGCCUGCUGACGUUCAUCAGAGCUGCGGAGACGGAUCCUAACCUGGUACAGCUAGCAUUGGGGAGCGACCUGACAACGUUAGGCCUUAAUCUCAACUCACCAGAGAAUCUGUACGGCACGUUCCAGUCGCCAUGGGCGGAGUCACCCAGCCGACCCCAAGAUAUUGACUUCCAUGUGCCGCAGGAGUAUAUCACCAAUAUGCAUAUCAGGGACAAGUUGGCUCCCAUUAAGUUGAGUCGAUACGGAGAGGAUCUCUUGUUCUAUCUUUACUACACCCACGGUGGAGAUGUCUUACAGCUAGCAGCUGCAGCGGAACUCUACAACCGAGACUGGCGAUACCACAAGGAGGAGAGAGUCUGGAUCACCAGGGGGCCCAUGAUGGAGCCCCAGGUCAAGACGAACCUCUACGAGCGAGGCCUCUACUACUUCUUCGACUGCCUCCGGUGGACCAAGGUGCCCAAGGAGUUCCAUCUGGAUUACGAUAAGCUUGAAGAGCGCCCCCACCUGCCAGCAUCGUUCCACCACAACGUGUCUACGAAUCCCGUCAUGGCACACUGACGACGUCACACGGAGUGAUGAAGGGUACCCUUGCUACAGUGGCUGUUAUUUUUUUCCCGUUUCCGUUUGGGCAGAACCAACAAACUCUUUUCUUUUUCAGUAUUGACUUUAACUCCCAAGAAAUAUUUAAAUAUGUGCGAAGUUUAAAAAGUUAGGCCGAACCUGAAUUGGCUGCUACAACUACGGCUUUGGCUGUUGCUAAGUGUGUUUCUAAGGACGUCCUAUACUUCCACGCAUGAUGACGUGGAAAUCUAGCCGUAGCUGUAGCAGCUACUUUGGACCUGGCCAUAUAAGCGAUCAUUGAUGUACCUUUAGAAAGUGAAAUGCUAUAGGUAUAAAUUCAUGUGAAAGAAGAGUGCCGGGGGUAAGGGGGUAGAGGGGUUUGGGAUGGAGGCAAUCCAAUACUUACCUAAAGGCUACUAUCUUGUGCAGGAUUCUGAAGAUAUUUCUUAACAACCUUAUUUCCCAGGGGUGAUCAUUCUCGUAGAGCGGUCAGACGAUAAGGUUUGAGCAUUAUUUCAGCUGUAAUCAAAACUUAUAAAUAAAUAGUUCCCAUCCCAACUUGGGUUGUAGAUCAGGGCCAAGUUACAUGAAGCUGUUAAGCAGGAAGUACUGCUUACCAAAUUUCUUUGCUAAGCAAAAAAAAAAAAA